AUGACGGGCUUUUUGAGAGUUGAGGGGACGAAAAUCGUCAAUGAAGAUGGAACCCCAGUUGUCCUUCGUGGAGCUGCUACUGGAGGUCACCUCAACAUGGAAAACUUCAUUACGGGUUACGCCGGACACGAGACUGAGCAAAAGGAAGCUAUGCUGAAGGUGAUGGGUCAAGAGAAAUACGACUUCUUCUGGGACCGCUUCUAUGAGUAUUUCUGGACGGAUAAGGAUUCGGAAUUCUUUGCAUCCUGCAACCUCAACUGUCUCCGUAUCCCCUUCAAUCAUCGCCAUUUCCUCGAUGACCAGGACUUGACCAAGAUCAACCCCAAUGGCUUCAAACUGCUCGACCGCAUUGUGGAAAGCUGUGCUCGCUUCGGGGUCUACACUGUGCUAGACCUGCAUACUGUGCCUGGUGGCCAGAACCAGGAUUGGCAUUCGGACAAUGGGACUCAUCGCGCUCAGUUCUGGGAGUAUGGACACUUCCAGGAUUCUAUCAUCGAGCUCUGGAAGGCGAUCGCAGCACACUACAAAGAGAAUCCCUGGAUCGCCGGCUACAAUCCUCUAAACGAGCCCGCAGACCCCAAACCCACCCGCCUCAUCAACUUCUACACCCGAAUCGAAAAGGCCAUCCGCUCCGUUGACGAAAAGCACAUUCUCUUCCUGGAUGGAAACACCUAUGCCGCAGAUUUCAGCGACUUCCCGGAAACCCCUUAUCCAAACUCUGUCUACUCGAUCCACGAUUACUCCAAAUACGGCUUCCCCAUCUGCGACGAGAGGUACACCGGCACGGAGACACAAAAGGCCAAACUCCUCGCUUCAUACGAGCGCAAGAUCGCGCACAUGAAGCAAGUCGGCGUCCCCGUCUGGAACGGAGAAUGGGGUCCCGUUUACGCAUCUGCUAUGCGCAAUGACACCGAUAUCGAGGGUACAAAUGCAUCGCGGUACCUCCUCAUGCGCGACCAACUGGCAAUCUACAAAAAGGGUGAUCCGUCCGGCGACGGUGCCCCGAUCUCCUGGUCGAUUUGGCUCUACAAAGAUAUCGGAUACCAGGGGUUGACAUUCGUCUCCCCAGAUUCAAAGUGGUAUCGUCACUUGCGACCCUGGCUUGACAAGAAACUUUCACUUGGCCUAGACCGAUGGGGACGUAAUGCCGCGCCGGAGGUUGAGAGUAUCUAUCAGCGUGUGAAGGAUCACUUUAACGAGGUGAUUCCCCAGCAACAUCUCAAGGCGCUUUACCCGCCUACGUGGUCAACGAGUGACUACAUUGAUCGGGUUCUUCGUGAUGUUUUGUUAUCGCAGUAUUUGGCGCACGAGUUUGCGGAUUAUUUCCGGGAUCUUUCGUUUGAGGAGUUGGAUGAGUUGGCGGCUUCGUUUAAGUUUGAGAAUGUGGUACAUCGUGAGGAGUUGAUCCAGUACUUGAAGAAUUGGAUUUAG